AUGUGCGAGCAGAUCAUCGCCAGUGUUGCAGCCAAUAUUCAGACUAUGCUUGAAGAUACCAAGUCCAAGUUUGAGAAGGAAAGGCAGAACUUGCUGAAAGUAUUGUCAGGCACUUCGAAAGAGCAGUGUGAAAGUUCAUUGAACGAAGAGUACACUAAGCUUCAGGAAACAUAUGAAAUGUUCUGUGAAGAAAAUGAUGCACACUUACAAACCUUCAAAGACCUAUUCUCACAAGUUGAAGUUGAGAAAAAGAAACUGCUUGAGCAGUAUCAAUAUCAGAGGGAGGAGACGGCUACAUUGUCUGAACUUGGUGACACCUUCUCAGAGAAGAUAACAAAUGCCAAACCAUCACCGAAAAGGAUGAAGCAGACCCCGUCACGCCUAAAGCUGACUGACCAGCCAAUUCUUUUUGUUCCAUGGCUUGAAACACCUCUUCCUGCAAAAUACUGCAUUCUUUUUUCGCAGGAUGACAAGUCUUUCAUCAUCUUCCGCAAGUCGAUUGGUUCAUAUCUCGAGUGCGCAUCCGACGAUGAUUUUGACCUUGAUGAUGGGUGA